AUGGCGAAUCCGGAUUCAAGUGAUAAACAAUUAAAAGACAAAGAUCAACCGGCGAAAGAUAAAGAUGCUAAACAAGCUGAUGAUGUGAAAAAACAAAAUGAAAUUAAAGAAGAAGAUUUGUCGGAAGAAGAUAAACAACUUAAAGAAGAAUUAGAAUUGUGUGAAGAUAAUACAUAUUUAUAUCGUCCAGCACUUGAAACAUUACGACAAAAAAUUCGUGAAUCAACCAGUUCAAUGACAAGUGUUCCAAAACCAUUAAAAUUUUUACGUCCACACUACGAGUCAAUGAAGGAAAUUUACGAAAAAAUUACUGAACAAACAAAUAAAGCGUUAUGUGCAGAUAUUAUUUCUGUUCUUGCAAUGACAACAAUUGACACAAAAGAAUGUUUAAAAUAUCGUUUACUCGGUUCUGAACAAGAUAUUGGUGCUUGGGGACACGAAUACAUUCGACAUUUAUCAGCUGAAAUAGCAUCAGAAUGGGAACAAGUGAAUACGAGCAGUGAUAUGAAACCAAAAUUAAUACAAUUAACAGAUCAAAUUAUACCAUUUUUAAUGAAACAUAAUGCUGAAGCCGAUGCAUGUGAUUUAUUAAUGGAAAUAGAACAUUUAGAUUUAAUUGAAAAUUUUAUUGAUAAAGAUACAUAUGCAAGAGUGUGUCUUUAUUUAACGAGUUGUGUACCGUAUGUACCUGAGCCAGAUGAUACACAAAUGUUACGAACAGCAUGUAGACUUUAUCGUCGUUAUGAUCAAUAUCCACUUGCAUUACGAUGUGCCAUACAAUUGAAUGAUAUGGAUCUCAUUCAAGAUCUUGUUAAAACUUGUCCAUCAAGUUUAACAAGAAAACAGUUGGCUUUUUUACUUGGUCGUCAACAAAUCGUUUGGAAUGUAUCUGAAAUGAACAAUGGUGAAGAUCCCGAUGAAUUAACAAAUAUUAUGUCAAAUUCUCACUUGACAAGCAAUUUUUUAUCAUUGGCACGUGAAUUAGACAUUAUGGAAGCAAAACUACCAGAAGAUAUUUAUAAAACAUAUUUAGAAAGUACAACUCGAACAAGUUUUAGUCAACCCGAUUCAUCUAAACAAAAUUUAGCAUCAGCAUUUGUUAAUGGAUUUGUAAAUUGUGGUUUUGGACAAGAUAAAAUUGUUACACAAGAUACUAAAUGGUUAACAAAGUAUAAGGACAAUGGAUUAUUAAGUGCGACAGCAUCAUUAGGUUUAAUUGUUUUAUGGGAUGUCGACGGUGGUCUUAGUUUAAUUGACAAAUAUUUAUACAGUGUUGAUGAUAAUAUGAAGGCUGGCGCAUUAUUGGCAUGCGGGAUCGUAAAUUGUGGAGUACAAAAUGAGUGUGAUCCAGCUCUUGCUUUGCUCGGAGAUUAUGUAUCACAUAAAGAAAAUCCUUUCCGUGUUGGAUCAAUAGUCGGAUUAGGUUUAGCUUAUGCUGGUACAAACCGUGAAGAUGUGGUCAGUUUAAUCAGCAAUGCACUACACGAAGGUCAACCAUCAAUGGAAAUAAUUGCCUUGGCUUGUUUAUCAAUUGGAGUUAUAUCUGUUGGUUCAUGUAAUUCCGAAGUUUCAACAACAUUAUUAAGUGUUUUAUUAGAACGUAGUGAAGUGGAGUUGAAAGACCACUUUAGUAAAUUUAUUGCAUUGGCCAUUGGUUUACUGUUCUUAGGUGAAGCUGUUGAACCAAUGCUUGAAUCGUUAAAAGUAAUUAAUGAACCAUUACGUUCAUUUGCAACUGUACUUGUUGAAUGUUGUGCAUAUGCUGGUACUGGAAAUGUUUUAAAAGUUCAAAAAAUGCUUCAUAUAUGUAGUGAACAUUUUGAGCAACGUACAGAAAAAAAGGAAGGUGAAAAAGAUUCAAAAGACAAAGAGAAAGACAAGAAAAAAGAUGAAGAAACUGCUGCACAAAAUUCCAUGCAUCAAGCUGCUGCUGUAAUUGGUAUUGCCAUGAUCUCUAUGGGUGAAGAAAUUGGAUCAGAAAUGGCUUUACGUACAUUUGGUCAUCUGUUACGUUACGGUGAAGCAGUUAUAAAACGUGCUGUGCCAUUAGCACUUGCCUUAUUAUCUGUUUCAAAUCCAAAAUUAAAUAUAGUUGAUACAUUAAGUAAAUUUUCACAUGAUGCUGAUCACGAAGUAUCAUAUAAUUCAAUAUUUGCAAUGGGAAUGGUUGGAGCAGGUACAAAUAAUGCCCGCUUAGCCGCUAUGUUACGUCAAUUAGCCGUUUAUCAUUCAAAAGAUAUGAAUAAUUUAUUUAUGGUUCGAUUAGCUCAAGGAUUAACUCAUCUUGGUAAAGGUACAAUGACAUUGAACCCAUAUCACAGUGAUCGAAUGUUAUUAUGUCGUGUUGCAUUAGCUGGAAUAUUAGCUGUACUAGUGGCAUUCAUUGAUGUUAAAUCAACUAUUGUUGGAAAAUAUCAUUAUCUUCUAUAUUUCUUAUCAUUGGCAAUACAGCCUCGUAUGUUAGUCACAUUUGAUGAAUCAUUACGUCCAUUACCCGUACCAGUUCGAGUUGGACAAGCUGUCGAUGUUGUGGGACAAGCCGGUAAACCCAAAACAAUCACUGGUUUUCAAACUCAUACAACACCCGUUCUAUUAGCCUAUGGUGAACGAGCUGAAUUAGCCACAGAAGAAUAUUUAGCAUUAACACCUAUACUAGAAGGAUUCGUUAUUUUACAAAAAAGUCCAAAUUAUGUACCAUAA